AUGGAACAAAUAUGGUUGUUGCUGCUUCUAACCAUGAGAGUGCUUCCAGGCUCCGCACAGUUCAACAGCUACAAUUGUGAUGCCAACCUCCACAGUAGGUUUCCCGCUGAAAGAGACAUCAGUGUCUACUGUGGGGUGCAAGCCAUUACAAUGAAGAUUAAUUUUUGCACUGUACUUUUCUCGGGUUACUCGGAAACCGAUCUGGCACUGAAUGGCAGGCACGGGGAUGCCCACUGCAGGGGAUUCAUAAACAACAACACUUUUCCUGCAGUGGUCAUUUUCGUCAUCAAUCUCAGCACCCUGGAGGGCUGCGGAAACAACUUAGUGGUAUCCACAGUUCCUGGAGCCAGUGCUUAUGGAAAUGCAUCUUCGAUACAAAUAGGAAAUAUUUCAGGAUAUAUCGAUACCCCAGAUCCACCAACAAUCAUCAGCUACCUACCUGGGCUUCUUUACAAAUUUAGUUGUAGUUAUCCUUUGGAAUACCUGGUUAAUAAUACCCAGCUUGCUUCGUCCUCCGCUGCUAUUUCUGUGCGAGAGAACAACGGCACGUUUGUGAGCACUUUGAACCUGCUCCUUUAUAAUGAUUCAUCCUACCGAGAGCAGUUAAUGAUCCCAAGCACAGGAUUACCUUUGAAAACCAAAGUUUUUGCAGCUGUACAAGCCACCAACCUGGAUGGCAGAUGGAAUGUCUUAAUGGAUUAUUGCUACACCACUCCAUCCGGGAAUCCAAAUGAUGAUAUACGAUAUGAUCUCUUCCUUAGUUGUGACAAAGACCCUCAGACCACCGUCAUAGAAAAUGGCAGAAGCCAGCAUGGGCGGUUUUCAUUUGAAGUGUUCCGGUUUGUGAAACACAAGAAUCAGAAAAUGUCCACUGUCUUCCUGCACUGUGUGACGAAGCUCUGCCGAGCCGAAGAUUGUCCCUUCCUUAUGCCAAUUUGCGGCCACCGCAGAAGGCGAGAUGCGGAGGGGAGGGCCACGUGGAGCCCACAGAGCACCUCUGGGAAUGCUGUGCUCUCCGCGGGGCCCAUCAUCACGCGGAGCGAAGAAACUCCAACCAACAAUUCACAACUUGGUUCCCCCAGGGAGACUUCCUUCCAGCUGAAUCCCAUCACCAGUGCCCUGAUAUCGGGCACGGUCAUCAUGGGAGUCAUGAGCUUUUCUCUUCUUCUCUGCUCCUUGGCCCUUCUACACAGGAAGGGGCCCACCAGCUUGGUAUUGAAUGGUGUAAGAAACCCAGUCUUUGAGUGA